GGAGUCACACACGGGACAGAAACUUACUGUGCUUCGGUGGGGGUGGACGCCUGGGCUGAGCUGGGGGAGGACCCCGAUCCGAACCCUCAGGGGGGUCUGUCUGCCUUUUGUCUGUCCAAGCUUGCCGAUCCCCUAUCCUGAGGCGUGGGCUCCAUCUCAAAAAGCUGUCAUGGUUCCGUCUUCUUUUGUAUUGUGUGUUUUGCGACAAGCACGCCUCUUUCCUUGAUACUUUUUAUUCCUCUGGCCUCGGCCGCAUGCCGCUAGCUACAUGUCCCCCGCGGCUUUUCUUCGCAAUGGCUUGCGAGUCCUCAUUCCUUUUGCCGUGAUCCUCACCACCUACCUGUACCUCUACCCAGUCUUCCUGGGUUGCGCGUUUCCGCUCCCCGACUCGCAACCGGCUUCGGCUGCUUUCCAGUCUACCCUGCGCCAACACAUAGGCAAUGGGCAGCCCAACCUUGCGCCUUUCCGUCUGCUGGCGUUAGGCGACCCCCAGAUUGAGGGCGACACAUCGCUUCCGAGCUACUAUCGCGAGCCUUUCAAGCAUCUCAACAACUUUGCGCGGCAGGUCACAUUCAAGACCUCGCACUCUUCUUUUCGCGAGCGUGUGAGGCAGUCACUACACGACUUGGUGGACGUCUACUUGGAGGAUGUUCCAGACGCGAUCGAGACGAUCAGGAAGCGCAUCGACCUUUUCGGCAACGACUUCUACCUCGCACAUAUCUACAGGACGCUCAAAUGGUGGACCAAGCCGUCACACGUCACAGUACUAGGGGAUCUGGUCGGCAGCCAGUGGAUCGGCGACGAGGAGUUUGAGAGGAGAAGCUGGAGAUACUGGAACCGAGCGUUUCACGGAGGCGAGCGCGUGCCAGACGAGGUGGCCGUGCCUCCUGCCGACGAGUACGAAGUGACGGGGUAUCUGGGAAGCGAGCCAACGAAUGGAACCAUAUGGCGAAAGCGCAUCAUAAACAUUGCCGGAAACCAUGACGUCGGGUAUGCGGGCGAUCUGACCGUAGAGCGACUGGAACGGUUCGAACGAGUCUUUGGCAAGGCUGCUUACGAGCUUCGAUUCGAGCUGCCUAUCACGAACGAAACUGUAAGCGCCACAAUCAUGGGUGCGAACGGAAACCCAGACUCUACACGCCUUGCACCCGAGAUCAGGAUCGUUGUCAUCAACAAUAUGAAUCUCGACACGCCUGCCAUCACCCCAGAGCUCCAGGAUCAUACAUACUCCUUCGUCAAUGACGUGAUCAACACCGCUGCUGCUGUGGAAUACCAGGGUCACUUCACUGUGGUUUUGACCCAUAUUCCAUUGUAUAAGCCGGAAGGAGUAUGUGUCGACGCCCCAUACUUUGAUUUUCACUCAUCCGACGAUGGCGGUGGCGUGAAGGAGCAAUACCAGCUAUCCGCCGAUGCAUCCAAGGGUUUCCUAGAGGGAAUCUUCGGUUUGAGCGGGGACGCAAACGCCCCGGGCAAUGGCAACGGUCGGCGCGGUGUCAUCCUGAACGGGCAUGACCACGAAGGAUGCGAUAUUUACCACUUCAUCAACCAGACCGAAGAGACGUCAGAGGACCACAAGUGGGAGACUGUACGAUGGAGUGAUGCUCAGAACAGGGAUAUUCCUGGACAGCCUGGCCACCCUGGUCUGCGCGAGCUGACCGUCCGUAGCAUGAUGGGUGGGUUCGGUGGAAACGCCGGCCUCCUCAGUGCUUGGUUCGACGAAGAGACGUGGGAAUGGAAGUUCGAAUUUGUCAACUGUGCUCUUGGAAAGCAGUACUUAUGGUGGUUCGUGCAUAUCAUCGAUCUCAUCACGAUCGGUGCGAUCCUUGUCUGCGCAAUUUGGAAUGUUCUUCUGGCUGCGGGUGUUGUCGAAGACAGAUGGCCUGCUUUCAUUGCUUCAGGGGUUGAGAAGAGUGCUGUGUCGCCGAAGGCUGAGAAUAAUGUCGCCGUACCAGGAGGUAACAGUGUGGUCAAAUCAGGAUAGGGGGAAUGGGGAAUGGGGUUAGGAUAUCUGCAUUCGGCCGGUAGGCUUUGGCGUUAGUGUAUAACAUAUUCAUGCAUGGGGUCGGCCGGGCUUUUUGCGUACAGACAACAUAGCAUUGCAAGCAUUACUACCAUGGGAAUAACCAUAUUCAUUCUACGGAAAUGAGAUAAAAACUGGUAGCAUUGGGUUUCUACUCCUGACUGCGAAUUUGCUGAAAUCAAGAACAUGGUGUAAUCACAGGAGUCUCCAGUAGCUAGAUAUGUAUGAUAGUUACAUGGCUACGCGAUGUAGCUAAGUGAUGAUCUUACCUUGCUGAACAGCUACUACCACAGGAGAACAAAUACUACCAAGGUUGAACACCGACUGAGAGUACAGCUUAAUGGUUGGUAGUAUAGGAGUAUUUUCAUAUUGAAUGUGCUGAAAGUCAGGAAGAGACGGCCUAGAUGAGACUAUCGCU